UUUUAGGUUUGCCUCAUCUCACGUGACACGUCCUAUGAAAAACAACAAAGAUGUAGAAAAUGACCAAAAAAUUAAUUAAAAUGUCAAAAUCGCAGAUUUACUGGUAAAAAGGAGGAAGUUUUACCCCGGAGCUACAGAAAUGCCUUGAUGUUGUUUAAAUAUCAAGGUAUGAUUGAAGUAAUAGUAUAUCCGAGUGUUGCUGUCGUUUCAACACUCCAGGAUCUUUGGUUUCCAGAUGCUGGGACUUUCCAUCAAGCUAAGCAUUAGGGCAUUCUGAAGGCCGUAGGAAUCAGUAAAUAGUCUUAGUAUUAUUUGCUGCUUCUAGCCUCGUCAUUCUCCCCUAUGAAAGAUUUCUUUCUCAUUUCUUCUUUUCCCUCUUUCGAAAUACGCAAAACUCUACUGUUGGCGCUUUACUAGACGUGCUGUUCUUUUGAUAUUAAACAGCCUCUUCCCUCCCUGCCCCAGAGACAAUCGGAACCUGCCAUAUUAUAUCAUAUUAAUAACUACAGAGUAUGAAUGAGACCUCAUCUCUAUAGCCCUUUAAUACUGCAUCACUUUCUAAAAGGCCUAGAAAGCUAAAUACCCUCUCAUUCGUUACCCAGGGAUUAUGAAUCAGAGCACAAAGAUCAGCUGUGAGCGCUGUAAUAUUGGGUUUUCUUUACCUAGAUAUUACCGCGCUCAUGUUGGAUACUCUAUUAAUCACAAUGUCUGCCAUCUGUGUGGGGAUCAUCAGGACUUUGAGACGUUUACUAGCCUACAGCAACAUCUGGAGGAAUCCCAUUUCUACUGUGAGCCUUGCAACUGGUUUGCACCUUCAGCUAUUGGACUGCGCCAGCAUAACACCUGUAAACAUUACCUAUGCGUUGCUUGUGGUGACUACUUUCCAAACGCGCAUGAGCUAAAUGGGGUAUGCCUAUAAAAAACUAAAUAUAUAGGGAAUGGAGACUAACGCGUUUUUAUCUAUAUUACAGCACGCAUUCAGACAUAGGCCACGCGGAGUUUCCUGUUAUUGUUGCCCCCAAGAUUUCUGUACGCUCUCUGCGAUGUUCAAUCACCUUGAAUCCGGAAACUGUCCAUCGGGAAUUGAGCAUGAUGAUAUACUAGAACUUGCGGCGAAUUUUGUUCGGUCAUAUAAGCCUGAAAAGGACUACAUCUUCUUCUGCUAUGGAUGCCAAAAACCUUUUCGACGAAUGUGUGAUCUCCUGCAGCACUCAGAGACUAGCUCCUGCAAUGAAGGCUAUUGGAGAGGGUCAGGAUACCUUGGCUCAAUGGUCACGUAUAUUGCAACCUGCAUUCCAGAUUACAUACCAGACCCGGAUGAUAAUGAUGAUAAUAAUGAAGGAAUUCAGGGCAAAGGCAAUGACACCACUCCUUAUCCAAAUAUCAGCAUCCCAACAAUCGUCAUUACAGGACCAACAUGAGAUUUUCGAUUUUCACUUUCUCCAUAUCUUUUUCGCUUCUUAAGAAAUCAGCACUGCGGGAAAUCUUAGAAACUGUAAUCUCUACUUGAUUUGCUUGGAGAGACUGAUGAACGGGCAUUUGCACUUAGCAGGCCACAUUUUUCAUUUCUUUCUCCCCCCUGUACGAAUACCGGGAAGGUAUUGUGGAGGGCUAUUGUGACUUUUCCUUCCGGCUCUAUAGACCUAUAGAUAAUACAUGUUGCCUUUUGACACAGAAUAUUCAAAAUUCGGCAUCCCAAGUAAAGACAGCACCCCAAGUCAGUUAAGCGCCUCGCACCGUAUCUAUUUACAGUUCAUAACCAGGUGCCUCCUUUAUGUUUAGUUAAGAAGAUUUGAGACCUGGAGUACAUAUC